GGUGGGCGAGCGGGACGAGGGGGGCCGCCGAAAAUAGCCGCUGCGGGGCCGAAAGCGAAUAUCACUGCAGUUCGGUGCGACGGCCGCCGCCGCGAUGAGGAUCAGCAUCGCAGAGAUUCUCGACGGGGUGCGAGAUGUGCUGGAGAUCAGUCCACUCGCGUACUCCGUGUUGUGCAUCGUUUUCACCGCCUCCCUGAGCCAGUACCUGCGGAAUGCGGUGCGCAGCGCCUCCGACCCUGGCGUCUGGCGACAAUGCCUCGAAGAAAUGGUCGCCGCAUUCGAACUCUGCGGAUGCUGCUUCGAACUCAUCAUCAUCGCUGACAACUACGGCGUGGGAGCGUACGCGGUGUCACUGUUCCUGCUGACGAUUUGGUGGUCGAAGCACUGGGGCGACGCCACCGCCUGCCCCUACACCUUCAUCGAGGACCUGCUCGAGCGCCGCACCAACUACGGGGUCGUCGUGCUCAAGACAAUCUUCGGCCUGAUCGGCGCCCUCUCCGUUUUCCAGUACAUUCAACUCAUUUGGGGCCUUGAAAUGGUCGAAAACCACAAAGGCAGGGCAACCGCCAGGUGCACCGCCGACUUGCAGGUGCCCGUUUUAUAUGGUGCCUUGGUAGAAUUGGGCGCCACCUUUAUCUGCCGUGUCUCCUCAAGGACUAUCAGCGAGCUGGGUCCCAAACAAGGCGCCGCCAUUGAUUCUUUCAUCGCCACUUCUUUGGUGGUGAUGGGCUUCAACUACUCUGGCGGCUAUUACAACCCCCUGCUGGCCACGGGACUCAAGAUGGGCUGCCUGGGACACACAUUCGCGCAGUUCUUCGUCGUCUACUGGCUGGGCGCCACCUUGGGCAGCGUGGCUUCCUCUUACUUCUUCCGUUUGCCGGCAGUACACAACCUGCUGGUGCCCAAGGCUGCUGCGGAAGCGACAAAGCCGGCCGAGGAGGAAAUCGACAGCGUCUGGCCCGACCAUGAAGACUAAAUCACCCUGCCAUCCGAAGCAAACCCAGAUCUCUUUCUGAUCAAAUAAAAACGUCCAUCUGUGUUGAGUUUCA